GUACAUGACUGUAUGUUUUUUGUGCAUGGCAGCACGCACGUCAACAUGGUCAAGGUGCCGUCAGUGGAUUUUCUCUUUCCGGCCUGGCAAGUGUGCUGCUUGCAUUUGCAACAACUCUUCUUUUCUGUAGCCGAUCAUUUUCUCAGUCUCUCUCUGCCACCUAUUGUGGGUUGUUCGGCAGUGCUUCAGGGUUUCUCGUAGAGUAUACUCCCGCUCUUCUGAGCCUGGGCAAGUAGAGCUGGUUGUGUGGUGACCGUGUCAGUCGUUUCCUCUGCAGCAGGCGCUUGCAAGAGCCGUAAAAAAAUCACACCGUUGAGGCCUAAUUGCCAAAACGAGUACAGCUGAACGUUGGUGCUAGCGCUGUCAAUUCCCUCUGCUAUCAUGUCUUCACGGCUUGAGCGAACCCAGGGUGAAGUCAAUGAGGUGACGGCCAUCAUGAAGGACAAUGUCAACAAGGUCUUGGAGAGGGAUGGCAAGCUAAACGACCUCGACGACAGAGCAGAAAACCUGCAAGUUGGAGCAAACCAAUUUGAACGUACGUCGACCAACCUGAAGCGCAGGAUGUACUGGAAGAACGUCAAGAUGUGGGUUAUCAUUGCGAUUGUGGUUAUUGUGAUCGCCGCCAUCCUCGGGGUGAUCAUAUGGCAGGCAACGAAGUAAGGGAAGCUGAGCGAACUCUUUGGUCAGGGCUAGCCAAAUCUGUCAUCCCACACAACAUACAGUAAUAUUUCCACAUCCACUGUGCGUGCCAUCACCCCGUUGCUGUUUGCUUCCAUUGAACUUUGGUGACGUUUCCCCUCUCAAUCCCGAUCUGGCUGGUGUUGGCAAGAGAUGGCUUCAAGCAAUUGCCAUGUGAUGUAGAAUAUUGUGCAGGAUAUCUAUUUCUUUGAAUGCACUAGUUUCCUCUGCGGGCACUGCUGGUUAUUUGUUUUGAUAUGAGUAUGUUUUCUGCUCUGCAAUUUAUCCCAUCGGUAUAGUUUUGUACUAAUCGCCGAUAGCUUCGCUGUACAUACCACACCUUCUAGACUUUUCGCCCCAUUUCCGUGGCCGUUUUUAUUCUACAUUUACCAAGCUUUCCGCAUAGAACAUGUUCAAGAGAGCUAUUGUAGACUCUGAAAGUCCACAUCACACAAUUGCCCCAUCUAUUCAUUGUAUUCUUGGUACUAUCUGUUUUUGCUCGAAUGUCCUCCGGCUAUUCCUGGCCGGGACUUUGCUUUUUCAUGUGCGAAUUGCCUGUGCGAAUUGCUUCACAUCAAAAUAUUAACUGCAUAUUGGUAGCGCUAUCUGCUUUCAGACUGGAUUCAACUGACGCCUAAAUAGUACUGGUAUACUUACAAUUUCAGGAUUACCAUUGAUACCUAUUCAUUGUGUUCUUGAAGUUGGAGUUGAGUCCAGUGAGUGCGUUUGAUUACGCACUUGAAUCGA